UAGUUUGGCGCUUAAAAAAAAAAAAAAGAAAAGGGGGAAGAAGAAGGGGAAGAGAAAGGGCUGCGCGGCCGGCCGGCGGGGCUCCCCUUCGCCCAAUCCGGAUCCAUCCUGGCUCCAACCGGCCUUGGCGCUGCCCGGAAAGCUUGCAGCGGGUCAGCCGGGAGCCCCAAGAAGCGGCAGGCGCCAGCAUUGCGAGGCGGAGAGCUCCAGGGAAGGCACCGGGGCCCCGAGAGGAUCCAAGGCCCGAGCUGGGUGCUCGGAAGCCUCUAACGGGGGGUUCUGGCGAGCCCUUCGCCCCUGGCAGCUGGAGCACGGCCGGGUUUGAGAUCCGGUGGGGUUGCUUGGGCCCACCCCGGCUUUUGUCCGCAAUCCUCCCGGCUGCACUUUCUCAGCCACAAAAGCCACGGGGGAGGGGAUGGGGCCAGGCGGUUUGUAAAGCUCGCCUCUCCGCUCCGGCACCUAAUUAACUUGGGGUGGGGGAAAAGAGUUGCAAUAUUUGCAAGAUAUAGAUAUAUAUAUUGCAAUAUUUAUAUAUAUUGCAAUAUUUGCAAGAUAUAUAUAUAUAUUGCAAUAUUUGCAAGAUAUAUAUAUAUUGCAAUAUUUGCAAGAUAUAUAUUUAUAUAUAUAUAUAUAAAUAAAUUGAUAAAUGUAUAUAAAUAUAAAUUGGUGCUCUGGUGUCUUUUAGAGCCCCUGACCCUUUCUGCUUUGUGUGUGUGUGUGUGUUUUGGGGCUGGCCUUUUCUUUAAAUGAACGUGGGCCGUUAAGCGGCUUGGGAGGAAAAUUUAAAAAAAAAAAGACACCCCAGGUCUGGCUGCCCUAUGGCUCCCUCAUUUCGGAAAAAAAAGGACUCGGGGAACUUACUUCGAUGAAAAGAGGGACGGGGGCUGUGUGCCAGCCGUUGCUUUCCCACAAGCCCCCUCCCUCCCCCAAAUUGCAUUGGCUUGCUAAAGAUGAAUUAGGCAUUUACAAAGACAAUUGCAUUGGGGGGUUUAUUCCUCGAUUCAGGCCUAUGGCAGUUUUAAAUGGGUUUCCCAGGCUACCUCUCAAGAACGAUCCCCGGCUGGUUUUGAAGCCCUCUGCUCCGCCCUGUGCCCUGUGCCCUUUUUAACCCUGGCCAUGCUGAGGAUCCCCAAAGCAGGGCCUUCUGCCCCAGGAAGAGGUGGACUCUCCAUUGCUCCCCCGCUCCAGCAAAAGAAAGCCAUAUCCGGGAUCACAUCUGCUGAUCUGACAGCCUCUAACCUUAACAGUCCUCAGAUGCGGGCUCUUCCGGCUACCUAUUUCACCCAGGUGUACCCCCAGACGGCUGUGGUAGCUCCGCUACCCAGGGGUAGUUGCUUGUAUGCUACCCCCCAUGGACCUGAAAUCAAAACCAUGCGAUCUGCCUCAACUGGAAAAUUACCGGCCAAGAGGAAGCUGGAUCUGGAAGGGAUGGGUCAGCAGUAUAUCCCAGAGUUUCGAACCCCAAAGGGCAAGGGAAGAACACUGCCCCACAUCCCAAGUCCAAAAACCCCUAAAUCGCCUGGAGAGAAGACCCGCUAUGACACAUCGCUGGGCCUGCUGACAAAGAAGUUCAUUCACUUGCUCAGUGAGUCGGAGGACGGAGUGCUGGACCUGAACAGAGCUGCAGAGGUUUUGGACGUCCAGAAGCGGCGCAUCUAUGACAUCACCAAUGUCUUGGAAGGGAUUCAGCUUAUUCGGAAGAAAUCCAAGAACAACAUACAGUGGAUGGGGACGGGGAUCUUUGAGGACUCCUCUGUGGCAGCGAGACAGCAGGCAUUGCGGCAGGAGCAAGGAGAGCUUUCCAAGACUGAGAGGAUGCUGGACAGGCUCAUCCAGGAGUGCACACUUCAGCUGAAGCACCUGACGGAAGACGAAACCAAUCAGAGGUUAGCUUAUGUAACGUAUCAGGACAUCCGCACUAUCAGCAACUUUAACGAGCAGACGGUAAUUGUGGUCCGAGCCCCACCAGAGACUCGGCUGGAAGUGCCCGAUCUUUGUGAGGAAAAUGUUCAGCUUCACCUGAAAAGCAGCAAUGGCCCUAUUGAGGUGUACCUGUGCCCCGAGGAAGUCCUGGAGGACAGCCCGGCUGAAGAUAGUGGCUUCCCAGCUCUGACACACCAAGACAGCGGCCACAGUUCCAAUCCUCUGACAUUGAAAGCAGAACCUGUGAAGACGGAGCUGCCGAGCUGCCUCAUGGAAGGGGAGGAUGGCUUCCUGGAACUGCCCCAGCAUCUCUUGCAGCAGACGGAAGACCAGCUCCCCUCUGCUUCCUAUGGCGACACUGGCCCGUUUGUCAGUUUCUCCCCCCCUCUUGACCAAGAUGACUACCUGUGGGGAUUAGAGGAGGGCGAGGGGGUGAGCGACUUAUUUGAGGCCUACGACUUGGGCGACCUGCUAAAAAACUGAACUGGGAUUCCUAGUCCUUUCUUUGUUUCGGUUUAUGGUGCUAAUGUUUCCUCUCUCCUCCUCCGAUGCCUUAGGGCUUUUCUCGGAGGUGUCGGGUAGAAGGAGGUCUCACAAGCAGCUUUCUGAGUCUCAAGGAUAUCUUUGUCCACCUCAUCCCUUUUCCAGAACCAUCCAGGACUUUGUGAGUCCUUUGGUGCCAGGUGGCAAAGAGCGGGUUACCCUCGGGUACCCACUUGCUCUGGACUUUCUCCUUCAAGGUUCUCUUAGAAGCACUCUGCACAGUUGGAUGCUUACUCCUCUCUUCUUCUCCUCGUGUGUGCAGCAAGGAAAUACUGAAGCAGCCAUGCCUUUAUAGGAAGCAAGAUGUAUCGUUGGUUCGCGUGGAUUUCAUAUUCUGGUGGAAAGAGCUGGACUGGGGUACUGCCAGUCGUAGGUGGAGUAGUGCAUGACAAAGGAAGUGUGCCACCCAGCAAAUGGUGGUCUCAUCUUGUCCCCCGCGCCCCAUUAUUGGUCCUGUAGUCAGGUGAUUAAUAACGGGUUGGCUGUGGCAUCUGUCUCACACUGGGAAGCUUAACAGUGGCAUGACAUUUCUGAGCUUCUUGGCAACGGGUGUUUAGAACUGCUUUAGUUACGGUCCCGCUUUCUGCAGCCUCGAGUUCUUCCCAGAUAGUUUGGAAUCCUGGCGUGUAACACGAUAUUCCAAACAUAUCCUGUAUUUGAGCUGCAAGUGAGCGGGUGCCGAACUAACUGCAUAUUAGGGCGAUAGAGAAAAUUUUUACUUAGGGAGCAAGCAAAGUGAGCUAGGGCCUUUUGGGGUGCUCCCCCGCUUUUCUGUUGAAUAACUAAAUAAGCUGGAUAUGUGCCUUGCCGAGAUCUGUAUGAAGGAAUCACACUGCGUUGCUUGCAAGGGCGUUUGAGCUGAUUUCCCCCCUCUUCGUAAAAGGAUGACCAGUGGGCAUUUCCAUCCUGGCUGCUUCUUCCCAACAAUGAAGUCCUGUUGACUGUUCAGACUCAUCCUAAGCAGAGUCACACCCUUCUAAGGGAAUCAACUUCGGUGGAUUUAGAAAGUGCAACUUUGCAAUGUAAACCCUUCUAUUCUAAAUGUAGUAAGUGUCCUUCCCCCCCGCUCCCCA